UCAACGCCGACAAACACAUACACAUGUUCUGAAAACAUGGCUGACACAGGAAAGGUCCAAAACGUGAUCGCAGAUGCAGGAGCUUUCAUCAGAAAUGCUCCUCUUCAGAGCAUCGGUGAGAAGAUUUACUCCCUACCUGAAGUUGUGAAUGAGAUCCGUGACAAAGCCACCCGUCAGCGCCUCCAAGUGCUACCCUACCAGCUCCACUUCAGACAGCCAUCCUCUGAAUCCAUCAGAUUUGUGACAGAAUUCGCUAAGAAGACUGGAGACUAUCGAAGUCUAUCUGCUGUGGAUAUCAAGGUCAUGGCCUUGACCUACCAGCUCGAGAAAGAGGUUGUGGGGUCAAGUCACAUCAAGAUCACACCAGAUAGAAAGAUAGAAUGGAAUGCCACCAGGAAAAUGUUAGAGAAACCAACAGAUAUUGCUGGAUUUUAUAUAAGUUCAAAGGCAAACAAAUCCAGGACAUCCUCAGAGUGUACAUCAGACAUCAUAGAAACCAGAGGAGACGAGGCACAUGAUACACAAGAAGUGAUGACAUCAUUAGAAAAUCAGAAAAAUGUCAACAGCAAUUGUGAAAAUAUUGAACCAGUAGAAAAAGACAGCAAAACAAACACAGACAGUAGUUGUCUGCAAGAUUCUAACACAGAAAACGAGGACUGUGAAAAUGAUAGUAGUAGUAGACUUUUAGCUGAAGGCGACACACUAUCUGCAGAUAUUCUUGAGGAGGAAAGUGAAGAAGAGGAGGAGGAGGAAGAUGAGGAUGAUGAUGAUGAUGAUGAUGAUGAUGGAUGGAUCACGCCUAGCAAUAUUAAGUCUGUAAAGGAGAGGAUGGGAGACGUAAAUACAGAGAAAGCAGAUGUAUCUGUAGGCUGUCUAACUACUGACUUUGCGAUACAGAAUGUGCUGAUACAGAUGGGCUUGAAUGUGAUCUCCGUGGAUGGGAUGUUGAUCAAGAAGGCCAAGAGUUAUGUCCUCCGCUGCUAUGCCUGUCUAAAGAUAACGAGUAAUGUGUUAAAGGAGUUCUGCCCCACGUGUGGUAACAACACACUACAGAAGGUCACCAUGACGGUGGAGGAUGACGGCUCUAUUCGCUACUUCCUGUCCAGACGUAGACCAGUCAGCACCAGGGGCACAAAGUUUUCACUGCCCUUACCAAAGGGAGGUAAACACGCUGUGAAUCCUAUUCUGGCUGAGGACACUCCUGUUGCCCAACAAAGGUCUACACGCAAGUCUAAACAGAAAAUCGAUGCUUUAAAUCCUGAUUUUGUUACUGGUAGCUCACCCUUCAACGUCAAUGACAUCACAAGCCGAGCCUCACAGCUAGGGAUCAAACAAGGGCGCUCCUCCAACACAUUCAACAAGAGAAACCCCAAUGAAGUGCGCAAAAAUUAUGGAAAAAGGAAAUAAAUUAUCAAGUUAUCUAAUCAUGAUAAACUUCCUGUUAAUGUUUUAAUAAAAUUUGUAUAUGUGAA